CGUCUCUUACUAAAUGGAGAUAAAAUGUUGGACUUUUUUUUACAUUUUAAUUCACUAAAAGUUUUAUUUUUCCAUUUUCCAUUUCUCCUGUUAUGCAUAUGUAAUAGCCUAAAAAAAAUAAGUUUCACCUUCAACACAUCUUCAUUAGUUGAGCAUUAUUAUUUUCUAUUUUGCCGUAUGAUUUCAGUAAACCACGGUACGUUUGUAGUGACACGGUAGGCCUAAUGUGUUCACUUGCCAGAAAAGUCGACUACUUAGGUAGCUAGAUAAACGUAACGUUAGAGGUAGAGUUUCUAUUGGGGUUCAUUCCAGUGUUAAAGAGCGAGUAAUAAUGAAUAAUUGACUUCGAAAGAGGGGGAGAAAAAACUGGCCAGAGCCGGUUUUCUUUCUUUUCGGUUUUAUUAGAGGAUUGCCAUCAUUGAUUUGAUGCGUGAUUGAUCGCCUGUCAUGUGGCAGCCUUUGAUCUAUUCAUCCCUGAUAAACAUCAAUUCAUCUCUCCAUGGAGACACGCAUGCUCCUUACCGAUUUAGCCACUCAAAGGACAACCCCCCCCCCCCCCUGUUGUCUUAAAAAAAAAGGGAAGGAAAAAAGUUUUUAAAAUGAGGGAAAUCCUUAUCUCUUUAUUGUUUUCGAGAGAAAAUACUAGAGGGAAGAAAGAGAAAGAAAGGAAAUGGAAGAGGGAGGGGGUGGAAGUGUUUUGAGGAUCACAGAAAGGCCUAAAUCCUAAUUAAUUAGGGCACCUGAACUAGCCUACCAACAGUAACCCUGGUCUGGGUAAAAGACAAGGAGGUUUGCACUUCUUAUCCAAAUGCACACUCUCCUCUCAUCCUAUAGAACACUUUACCAAUGCAGUCCUUGUCUAUAUCCACAGGACUGUAGUAUUUACUAUCUAACAACCACUGAUAAACCAGAUGUCGAAACACAAGGUUGAGGUCUAGUGAUUUGGAUUUCGACUCUCAUCUCUUUUUCAAGCCGCUUUUAAACAAAUGUAAAUGAGUGACAGGGAUUUCCACCUCUGUGCUAAUGAGGCGCAGCCUUUGAAGUUAGGCACUAACAAGUGGAGUGAACAAAAGACCGUUAUAGAAUUUUAAAGAGAUUCUGAAAUAUGAGGUGUAAAGCGGACCGAACGGGAGGGCCGGGCAGCGAAGACUUUGAACUCGGCAGGUUUAUCAUUUUAAAUAGGCUCCAAAUGACGGGGAGUCGGCCUGGAUUGACUGGGAAGAGUAUUCAACUAGUACCUCUCUCUACAGUUCGUACGCUUCCGACACACAGUGUUGAAUAGCAGUCUUAUGCUUUAUACUCACUGUUGAGUAGCAUCUGAUUCGUCUCUUGUCUUGUAUCACAUCAACCAAAAAAAAUCUGGGUAGCAGGCUAUAGGAUCGCAUAUAGGCUGUUCCCAACAGAUCAGAUCUUACACGAAAAUUGCCAUCACCUUGACCCCUCAACAUGGCCCUAUUGAUCUGCUUGCCUGUCAUUGACCGGCUUAUACAUUAUGGCCCUUUUUAAUGGUCAAUCACAAUUUGGCAGACGGGAGUGUUUCCAUUCUGUCAUGAUCAUGACAAUUUGUUGGAAAUAACAGCACCCUCCAACCCUCCCCUUUAACAAAAGUACUGACACACACUCAGCUAAAGCAUGAUGGUCCAGUGUUUCAAUGCUAGCUAGUAGCUACUGAACCAUGCCUGGUACUCUGUAGCCUAUAAGGAAGUAGAGAGGGUGAGUCGAGGGAGUAUCGCCAUGGUAGUACCAUGGUAAUAGAGGUAUAGAGAAUGAGUACUCGAGCGACCAUCGGGAAAAGAGGUUGCUGUGAGUUAUAUUUUCACUGAGAGGGUUGACGCCAGGCUCAACCAAAACAAAUGUGGAACCCCAGGGGUACAGGACUGGACCUUUUUAGAGGAGGGCUGAACGGAGCACCACGAGGAGACAUGUCUGGACAAAUUUUAUUUGUAUUUAUUUUUCACUAGUGUUGGGGGGGUAGAAUAGAGCGACAUUUAAUAUAGGGCCUUUUACUUUCUGUGUGGGUUUGUUUGUGUGUGUGUGAGAGAACUUUUAACGGUUAUAAAUGGGGCCAUAUACAGUAUACGUAGUGUCAUGGGAAAACCAUAAGAUCUACUCCACUUAUUUCAGAUAUCCUGUCAUUUAAGAUGAGCUACGGUUUAUAUCCUACAGUGUAUUUAAGGCAGUUGGUAAGAGUGUGUAUAUCUGUCACUUUAUUUCAAGCCUCAUUUUGUCCUUGAAUAUCAGUUUCACUUGAUGGUGAUGAGGACAGGAGCGAUGUAGGAAAAAGAAAAAGAGAAGAGUGACGUUGUCUUUCAUUAAAUUGGAGGGUUGUGCGUCUCAGCCAGUCAGAGCUAGUAGUCUGGGGAGAAAAACAUCUCUUUUUCCCAGGGAUAGAGGCUUCUUCAUUAUCCGAGAGAAACGAUAAGGUUUCUUCUCUGGGCUUCAUUAGAGAAGGCCCCUAAUUAUCUGUAAACCUGAUGGAUUUGUGACAGGCCCUAACGAUUAAUGCUGACAAAUUCAGUAAGGUGUCAAGUCCGCAGCUGCCUUGAUGUAAUCAAGUUGAUAUUAUACAGUCCCCAUAGCCCCUAGUGCAGUAUCAACUCAAUUUGCUCGUGCAGGUGACAAAUGGACUUUGCUACCUGACUAAUCAUGUCGGAGGAGACAAUACCUCUUAAUGACCUCCCUAAUCCUCUGCCUUUAACGACGUAAUAAAGGCCAGACACACCGAACCAAAAUCAGCUGCGUCGUCACAUGUCGGCUACACUCCUGCAUCAAAUGGCGGUGCAAUGUUUAUGUUUCCCUUUAUAUAUUAGAAUAACCGUCAUACUCCUGUAAUUGUCUUUCUUAAUAUCCCAUAGGAUUGUUACUGUGCGUAAGAAGAAAAUUCUAGUUUUGAGAGUUUGUGAAGGUUUAUAAUGCGGGAAAUGUAGCUAAGUUUUCCAGAACAUUUUUUUGGGGGGGGCCUAUUUUUGCACAAAAUUUGGUCGGUGUAAAAUGAAAUGAUAUUAAUACGUUAAUAUGUUUAUGCAAAAUAAUUCUAGUAUGCAAAGUAUAGCUUUUAAUUUGGUAGGCGUUUUAAUUUGAUGGUACAUUUUGUAAACGUUUUGAAGCAGCACAGUGAGGGAGACACACACACACACAACACCUUUUAACGUCUUCAUGUCUAAACCACGUAUAGCCUUAGUCUUAAUGUGUGGGAAAUGUAUCUCUCCCGCUCUUGUGUUUAGGGGCAUUCUAGAAACCGGGUUUAAAAAAAAAAAAUCUCCCAGUAUAUUUGGAGUGGGUUAAGAAGCCCAGUGCCCUGGGAUUAAUGGUUUAGCAUGCCCGGGGUAGCUAAGAUUACACAACGACCUUUGUGCUCUAACUUGACGAUGCUGUUACGUGAUAUUCUGCCCUCGAAAUAAUCAGCAUGCCGAGAUUUAUGUGGCCCACUCUUAAAUCAACGGCCUGAGGAGGACCGUCUUACACAAGGUGUAUUUUUCCAUUUUAUUUCCCUGUAGUUGUCUGGCAAAAAAUAUAUUUUGGGAGCAAUCUGAAAAUGAUAUUAAUCUGGAAGCCCGGAGAACAUCAAGAUUUGUUUUUGGAGCUUACUCACCAGAGGACGAGUUUAAGGCAGGAGCAGCCGAUGAGGAACACCUGCAGGAUGACGGGCUGUCACUGAACGGGGAGGACACUGCGUACCUUUGCAACGAGGAAGAGGAUGGAGGCCAGCCGCCCAGCUACCGGGCCUCUCCACUCAGCAACGGCACCAACCCAGACGCUGGCUACGGCUCCCCGCUCAGCGAUGCCAGCGACCGGCUCACAGACUUCAAGAGCACCUCCUCCAGGGAUGGCCAUGAGAGGGAGGAAGCCCCCAUCCCCUCUGGACCGAACAAUGGCCUCUCCCUGAGGGACAGCCUGGCUCAGAUGAAAGCUGUCUAUGCAAACCUGAUCUCAGAUGCCUCCUGGUCCAGCAUUGCCAUGGACAUCAUGAAAGCCACGCCUGCUACUGCUGGCGCCAUCCCCAUCCCCACCGCCACCAGCCCCCCCACUACCACCACACACAACAACAACCACAGUGAGAACAGCAAUGCUAGCAGCCAACACCACAAUGGGAGAAGAAGUACUGCCACCACCAACCACCACACAAGCAGUGGCAGUGGCAGUGGCAGCUCUAACGGCACCGCAGCUACCUCCAUCUGUAGCAACAGUGGCACCAGCAGUGGCGGUGGUGGUGCUAGUAACGGUGGGGCUGUAGCCUAUGACUGGCACCAGGCAGCCUUGGCUAAGACCUUCCAGCAUACCCCUUACCAACUGCUGCCUGAGCCCAGCCUGUUCAGCACGGUGCAGCUCUACCGCCAGAACAACAAGCUCUACGGCUCAGUCUUCACCGGCGCCAGCAAGUUCCGCUGCAAAGACUGCAGCGGCGCCUACGACACGCUGGUAGGGCUCACGGUCCACAUGAACGAGUCGGGCCACUACCGUGACGACAACAAGGACAAGGAGGAAGAGCGGGGCAAGCGCUGGUCCAAGCCCCGCAAGCGCUCCCUGAUGGAGAUGGAGGGCAAAGAGGAUGCUCAGAAGGUGCUCAAGUGCAUGUACUGCGGCCACUCCUUCGAGUCUCUGCAGGACCUGAGCGUCCACAUGAUCAAGACCAAGCAUUACCAGAAAGUGCCCCUCAAAGAACCGAUGCCAGCCCUGGCCACUAAACUGAUGCCCUCUGCCAAAAAAAGAGCCCUCCAGGACGCCCUGGUAUCCCCAUGCUCCCCAGACUCUGUCCACGGUAACGGUGGCCACAUGCCCCAAGGGGACAUUGGGAAAGACCCCAAGUCCACAACAAACCCCUAUGUCACACCCAACAACCGCUACGGCUAUCAGAAUGGUGCCAGCUACACUUGGCAGUUUGAGGCUCGCAAGGCCCAGAUCCUGAAGUGUAUGGAGUGCGGGAGCUCCCACGAUACACUGCAGCAGCUGACUGCCCACAUGAUGGUCACGGGCCACUUCCUCAAGGUCACCAACUCCGCCUCAAAAAAGGGCAAGCAGCUAGUGUUUGACCCAGUGGUGGAGGAGAAGAUCCAAUCCAUCCCUCUGCCACCCACCACCACCAGGCUUCCUGUCCCCAGCGUCAAAUCUCAGCCUGUCUCCCCUGCACUUUCCUGCGGCUCUGACGAAAAGAGAGAACCGGAAGACGAGAGGAUGGAGGCAAAUGAACCCGGGGAGAAAAAGAUCAAAGAGGAGAAGGAAGAGCCAGGUGAGAAGACUGAGGUGAACGCUGGGUCGUAUAAGUAUCUGACAGAGGAGGACCUGGAGGAGGCUCCUAAAGGAGGUUUGGACAUCCUCAAGUCCCUGGAGAACACUGUGUCCAGUGCCAUCAGCAAGGCCCAGACGGGCACGCCCCAGUGGGGUGGUGGCUACCCCAGCAUCCACGCUGCUUACCAGCUCCAGGGCCACAUGAAGCAUGCAGCACUGCACUCCUCGGUCCAGAGUGUGCAGAUCCAGCCGGUGUUCAACAGCGGGAUCCGCGGCCUGGUGACCCAGGACUCAGGCUCAGUGAGCCACUCCCCCAGGAGCCCAGCAUCUCCGCCCUCUCUCAGGAGCAAUGUUACUGCCAUGGAAGAGCUGGUGGAGAAGGUCACAAGGAAAGCUGUUGCUGCUGCUGUGAAGAAAGAGAAAGAGGAGAAGAUGGUCAGCUUGGACCGCCACAGGCAUCCAUCCUCUAUCAAGUCGCCGUCUCCUGUACUGAAAGAGCAGAGGGACCACCAAUCAGCGCCCAAUGACCUCACUGUCGGGAAGCCCCUUGUGAGGAACAGCAGCCCUGGAAAUUUAGAGUCGGAGCUGGUCUGCAAAAAGGAGCCCAAAGAGAGCCUGGUAGACAACCACCACAGCCAUUCAAAGAACGGCCCAGAGACUCGCCAGUCACCCAUCACCAACGGCACCAACAGCUUGGGCAUCAUCACCGAUCACUCACCAGAGAGGCCUUUCAUCAAUCCCCUCAGCGCACUUCAGUCAAUCAUGAACAACCAUCUGGGCAAGGCCUCCAAGCCCAUCAGUCCCGCGGGCGACCCGCUGGCCAUGCUCUACAAGAUCAGCAACAGCGUGAUGGAGAAACCGGCCUUCAACCAGACUCAAGCCAAGCAAGCCGAGCCUAUCAACCACUACUACCAGUACGAGAACAACGACCAGCCUAUGGACCUGAGGAAGUCCAAAAACAGCAACAACAACAGCACUGUCAUCAACAGCAACAGCAGCAUAAAUGGUAACAAACCCAUAAUGUCAAGCCUGUCUCUGUCUGACAUUUCUGCUCCUCUGAGAGAGAAUGCUUUGAUGGACAUCUCAGACAUGGUGAAGAACCUUACAGGCAGGCUGACACCCAAGUCCUCCGCCCCGUCAUCCAUCUCAGAGAAGUCGGACGCAGACGGCAGUGCGUUCGAGGAUGCUCUGGAGGACCUCUCCCCGGUCCAGAAGAGGAAAGGGCGGCAGUCCAACUGGAACCCCCAGCACCUCCUCAUCCUCCAAGCUCAAUUCUGCUCUAGCCUGCGGGAGACCCCGGAGGGCCGCUACGCCAUGACGGACCUCGGCCCCCAAGAGCGGGUUCACAUCUGCAAGUUCACAGGCCUCUCCAUGACCACCAUCUCUCACUGGCUGGCCAACGUCAAGUACCAGCUCCGGCGGACUGGCGGGACCAAGUUCCUGAAGAACAUGGACUCCUGCCAGCCUGUGUUCCUCUGCGGUGACUGUGCCUCGCAGUUCAGGACUGCGUCCGCCUACAUCGGCCACCUGGAGUCUCACCUGGGCUUCAGCUUGAAGGACCUGUCCAAGCUGUCCAAUGAGCACCUACGGGAGCAGCAGGCUGCCUCCAAGGUGAUCACAGACAAAAUGACUUUCGGUAGCACCCUGGCAUCCCUGACCGCACCAGACGACGACACUGGCUCAGUUUACCAGUGCAGGCUUUGCAAUCGGACAUUCGUCAGCAAGCACGCGGUCAAACUGCACCUCAGCAAGACCCAUGGCAAGUCACCAGAAGAUCACCUGGUGUUCGUCACUGCUCUUGAGAAACUGGAGAAGUAGUUAAGAGGUCUGGAGCUGAGGGAAGAGACAGAUAAACAGACAGAAAGACGGCUGUGUAACUGACCAGAAUUUUAUUGCACUAAGAUAACAUUGUUCACAGUUACUGCACUGGGCCGAACUGAGCCGCCAGAAAUCAGUCUUAUAUUUUGUUGUGAUACUGCCUGACUGGACCAUGUCUUAUUUGAUUUGUUUUGCCAAGCUUUUUUUUAACACUUAUUUUGUAAUGUAUUUAUAUGCUAUUUGUCUGAUCUGUGCAUGUAUUUUAGUGAACCAAGGUUAAACACAAGUUUUUUUAAAAUCUUUUCAUGACAAAAAAAACGACUACUGUUUCAAUGGUGACUAAAGUGGUGACCAGAAAAUGAAUUAGGGGGAAAAGAAAACUGUACAAUACUUGAUAUGAAGAAGGUGAAAAUUCAUUGUUCACACCAAAAGAAUGGAAGAACCCCUUGAAAGACUGAAGUAGCACCUUAUAGACAUUUAACAUUUUAUUUGUAAAGAGAACAUGUUUUAAGAUAUUCUGCAUUUGUCAAAAUCUGUUUUAAUUUGAAAGAUAAAUUAUUUUCUUCUCUCGGUUCUUGUCACACUACAACAUCUUUGAUAAAGAAUGGCCUGCUCAGAAAUCUGUCAGUGUAUUACAAAAAUAAACAGAUAAUGUAAACAUUCAGAGUAAUUGAAAUGCUGCUUCCGGUUACAUAUCAAUCAGUGAAAAUGAAUGGCCGUACAGUAUGCAAGUUUGCUCAAAAAACUUCUUUUUUUUAAUGUGAAGUAUCACUUAUAGUAAUUUUCCAAUUGUAUGGUUUGUUACAAGCUCCUUUUUUAAAAUGUUGCCGCUUUGAAUUCAACCAUAAAAAGAACAGUCCUUGACAUGUAAAUGACUCGCAGUGAAAUGUCAUACUCCAUAAGACAUAUCUUGCCAUUUGCAAUAGCUCAACAUUCUUUGUACUUAAAGGUGUGUGCAUUCUUUAACUUUUAUAUCAUCAUUUUAUAUUAAAAAAAAAAAAAAAAAAAUGUGUAUAAAGAUAUAUACUGUAGAUCCACAAAAAUGUCAUUUUUUAAGAAAUAAGAAUUUAGCUUCUUUGGCUUGGUUUACAGAAAUGAUUUUAAUUAUACUUGCAUCCAAUUUGAUGCAUGAUAUGGUGUGAAAAAUAAUUAAGCGAUGCACAAUGACUAUACAUUUCAAUGUUUUAUCAAUGAUAUUGUAAAAAAAAAAAAUAUUUCUAGCACCGAUUAGUUUGUUUCAUUUAGUUUUUUUCUCAAUUGUAAAAUAAAUCUCAACGCAGUUCUUGUUAACAGUCA